AUGGCUUCACCAAUGCCGGCUCACUCGAGCGGCUGGAACCAACCGCCUGCCGCUGGCGAGACGGUGGACGAGUAUGGUCUGCAGACCAAGUUCAUGAACUUGAAGGUGCACUACACAUUCGACCGAGAGGCCAAGGAAAAAUGCCUGGCCAGAGGCUCUCAGCCGCUGCAGGUCCAGACCGUGCCCGUCGACGACAGCAACACCAUUGGCAUCGUCGACUUGAGGGCGUGCGUGCACGUCAUUGCCGAGUGCAGCCCGGAGCUGACCAACCACGACUGCGACUACACCAUCUACGCAAUCGACUAUUCAGAGCCCGACUUCCCUCUGGUCGGGCAGGGCCUGCUCUCAUGGGUUUUCCAGUCGAUGCGGCCCGACUUUGGCAACUACCAGCCCAAGAUGGUGACAGGCCGUGUCACGAGGAAUAUACUGGGUGUGUUUGGCGGCGGAAAUCGAGAGACCCUGGAGGUCAGAUUGAAGCUGUCUGAGACGACACGGAUCCAGCGUUCUGUCACAUAUGCUCCUCCUCCCGUGGACCAGCAGCCUGCGAGGCCCAUGGAGCAAGCCGUGCCGCCACAUGCCGCCUCAGAAUGGAACUCUCUGAUCCAGUCCAACUCCCAGGGCGUGUCCCAGCAGGCAAACCACAGCUACGGUGGCCCCCCUCCGCCUCCUAUGCAUAACAGCCAUUCACCAGCCAUGGCUCAUGCGCUACCUCCAGGGCCGCCGCCGCCCUUGGUUAGGCAAGGCUCCUUUGGGCCAAGCUACAAUCAGAAUUCGCCCGCCCAAGAGCAAGCCAGGGUUGCUCCCAUGCCUGUCGACACCCAGUCUCAACCAUUGCCCAACAUUCCUGCGCCGUCCUCACGACCAUCUAGCAGAGCGUCGAAUCGACCACCGCGGAGGAAACCACCCACGGGCAGGCCACGGGGCAGGCCACGAAAGAAGCCCAAUGAAGGCAACACUUCCGGCUAUGAGGAUGGAACCGAAGGAGAAGAAGCCGCACUCCCAAAGGAGGACGAGCCCGUCAAAAAGAGGGCCAAGGUGACCAAGGUGGACAAGGCAGACGCGACUCCCUUCGCCGCCGAGCCAGAAUCCCUCAGGGUGGCUGCUAGCAACUCCAGCUCCCUGCGCAACUUCCGGCCUCUUGCCAUCAACAGCGACAGUGUGACAGGUAGCCAUCUGCAGGAGGUCCCUCGAGCUCCCACACCCGUUCCUAACGGUCGUCUCAGGGCUGUACCAGGACGGGAGCCCAGCUCCCUCAAGCGACGCGAAUCCGCGCUGAGCCAGCGGCCUGUAUCAAGCUUUGCAACGAGCGACAUGGGUGGCUUCCCUUCUCCCGGCAUGAUGGACGACGACAGAUCGCCAGACUCUACGGCCCCGACGCCAAAUUACCCCGAGGACAGUCCCGCAGAUAUCGGAUCCUCGCCACCCGUUCAGCAGGCUACGCCCUAUAUGCGGUCCAGCCCACCCCCUUCAAGCCCGGUGCUGCCCCCCAUGCCGGCAAUGGCUCGUCAAGAGCAUAGCAUGUCGGGCAAUGACGUGAGCGAGCUGUUUGGAGAAGGAGACCCGUCCAACAUGGAGGAGCUACCACCGCAACCGCGCACACACAGUGCUCCUAAGCAGAGCGUGCCCGUUCAGGUCUUCCAGCUCCAGGACGGCCCCAGCGGCCAGGAUCUGGUACAUGUUAGGACCUACAAUACCCCUUAUCCUACAUCCAACACACCAGCCCCCACUGAAAGCUCCCUUUUGCCUCCAGCGAGGCGAGAAUCGAGCCGACCACAGCCCAACGCCCAAAGUACAAAGAGGAAGAGGCCGCAGUCGACCGCGACAUCACCAAACUUGGCUCCCACUCCACCACCUACAACCGACGCCAUUGAACGGGCCAUGAGCCCCAAUCUGACCUCCACGCCAGCUCCAAUCCAAGCUCCGACUCCUAUCCCUCUUCCCCAAACCAUUCGCGCUCCUGACUCCAUCCAAGAGCCCAUCUUUGUGCCUAUUCCCACCGCCACAUCUCCCGCCAACGCCGCCGAAGGCCCAGCACCAAGUUCCGCAGCACCACCUCCCGAAUCAUUUGCAACCACGACGCCUACGCCGGAGCUCUCGCAGCUUGGCGAUCUCACAGACGACAUCUUCUACGAUCCCAUAGUUCAGCUCGCCUCUACAUUUUCGUCGAGAGACGAAGCACCUCCGCCUCUCCAACCGCCCUCUCGAUCUUCACAGCCUCCUCAACCGAAACCGCAGAACUCCAACAAACCCAAGCAUCCUCGUCAGCUGAAUCGAUCACAAUCCGCAGGGCCACUCGUAUUACCAUCAACUCCAGCUAGCGAUCCCAUCGGCCCUUCGACCUUGUCUCAGCCUCCCGCCGUCGCCUCGGGUCGCCCAUCCUCGGUAGGGGGCGCCGACAUGCGUCGGCCGAGCUCCAUGGGGCCGCUCGCCUUGCCACUCCCCGAGUCUGCAGUAGACCAUGCGCCCUCGGCAAACCAAGCAGCUCCGGAGGAAUCCUGUCCGCCAAGCGAUGCCCUUCCGCCGCCUUCUUCACCUCCGGCACAGAGGUCCAACAAGAACAUCGUGAAGAAGCAUGCCAUUAAGCAGCGACUCGAAGAGGCGAUCAAUAAUGGGGAGAUGCCCCCCUUCUGCAGCAAUUGCGGUGCCAUUGAAACUCCCACUUGGAGGAAGAUUUGGAUCCAAGAGCGCGACGGCGUCCCAGAGCGUUGUGAAUACUCCGAGAAGCCUGGCAAGAUUACGGCAGUGGAGGUUUUGCAGCGCGAUGAGGACGGCAACCCAACCCUGCAUCGCGUCGUCAAGAAGAGUCUAGCCAUUACCGAUGAGAAGGCCAAGUGGCAGGAAUCCCUGCUUUGCAAUCCGUGCGGCAUCUGGCUGACCAAGUGCAAGACUCACCGCCCCCCAGAUAGAUGGGACAAAGAUGCGUCCCGGCUCGGUCAGGAGCGGCGGAAGAGAGGCACCGGCCGAAGCACAUCUCGCCCGAAGAAGAAUCGUCCCAAGGACGAUGCUCCUUUCAACCUCACUUCGGAAGCGUACUUGACCACGGACGCAUUGGACCCAAUUGCACCCUCAUCGCCGAAGAUGGGCGAGGUGAUUCCGCUCGACACAAACCCAUCACAGAGGACAGAGCGCAUCGGAAGCCAGGACAAAGACAAGGCUGACAGCAACGGCAACGGCAACGGCAACAUUGACCUGGAAGUGCGAUCCCAGCCAGGAUCAUCUCAUUCCCAGGGCAGCGGAACAGCUCAAAGCCCCAUCGACAUUGACUUUGAUGAAAUGGCCGGCAGCACGAAGAGACUGCUGUUCCCUUCUCCAAGGAAAGAAGGAGUGCCGAAAGUGCUUUGCAAUGUUGACAUCAACAUUGUCCAAACUACAGAGUAUCGUCCGGGACAGCACGUCAAAGGAGACCAAGAGAAUGUCGCCCUCGCCGUCGUGGCCGGGUCGCAUGGGAGCACCGGCAAACUAGACGAUCUAGAGGCUCUCUUCAACAGCCCGCUUAAAGAGCGGCCGUCCACCCCACCGCCCGACGCAGCACAUCCUCAGGCCGAGGCUUUCAAGACGCCUACACGACCUACCCCAAGCCACAGGCCCAUCACUAGAAGUGUUUCACGGUCCUUGCGGUCCGCUAAGUCGAUUGUUUCGCCUAACCAGCAUGCUCUCGAGCAGCAGACCCCCACUAAGACGCCAAGGUCCAUGCUGAGAGUGCCCGGUAGCAGCGCCCGGAGACGCAGCCCGCGCGCCCAUCAGGGGAGCUUCGAUGUCUUUGAUUCACCCGUUAGUCGAAGCAUUGUACAAUUGCUUUCGGAGGGCAACAUGCUGGGGACCGGCGAGAAUGAGGUUGACCUCAGCAGCCUGCAAGGCCUCGGGCACAUGGAGGAAAGCUUUGACUUUAGCCUGUUGAGCACGGAUAAUCUGAUGCCCAGCUCGCCGUCUAGAGCCGGGUCUACGGGAUUGACAUUUGAUUAUGACGGCGUCACUAGUAACAUUGGUGACUGGAUGGACAGUGUGAUGAAGCUCAAGUGA